AUGUUAAAAUUUCGAGUUGAUCGUGCAGAUUUCUUGGCUCGAGGACUUUUUACAUUGUUGGGAUUAUAUAUAGAAUGUGCAAUUGUAAUAACCGCAAAAAAACGCUUUUUGGGAAGCGUAGAGUCGGAUGGUGGAAGUCAUGAGGAGUUGGGAAUAGUGGUGGAAGAGGUCGAGAUGGUGGUGGUGGCAGUCAAGGGGGUAGAAGAUAAAAAUCAUGGGGGUACAAGAGGUGGAACCAAAAGAAAAAUAUUUUCAGUUGAAGGUCAAGAUGGUGUCAAGUUAGGAUAUCGAGUUUGGAAUCCAUUUAGAUUCAAGUUGGCAGCUGGUUUCCUAGAUGGCAUUGAUCAUAUCUAUAUAGUUCCUAAAUCUAAAAUAUUAUAUCUAGGUACUGCAUCUGGUACCACUGUUGACAUGUUGCUGAUAUAG